UUGUUUAUUUGAUUCCUUUGGAUGCCAGGAUAUUACUCAUCACCUGAGUUAAUAUUUGAUCAUUUUGUAUGUUACAAACCAUCUUAAUCGUUAAUUUUAUUGUGUUAAAUCAAUUAAUUAAUUACAAUGAUCAGAAGACUCUCUGUGUCUAGUUGGCCAUCAACUCAUUCUUUCAAUGUUUCCGUCCAUUUUCAUCUAGACUGUUUUCCUUAUAAAUCCAAUAUUGACCAAUGUAAUUAACCAAAGCCUUAAUUUUUUUUUUCUGACAAUUUCAAUUCUAGUUACAAGAAUUAUCAACUUCAGUAUUAAUCAUUAUCCCUUUUGCUGUUACGAAAUUAAGCUUUGGAUCUUUGUCUCUCAUCAAAUGAAACACGUUAAUCUUAUUUUCAACUUACAUGUAUAACUAAUUCAAUUUUAUUUACUCUCGUUCAAAAAAGUAAACUAGAGAAAUGUCAUCUUUACAUUUGAAACAGUUAAAAGCUCUUUUCGUGAAAGAUUGGCUCAUCCGUCGAAGACACUGGGUUUUAACAAUAUUGGAGUUGUUUUUGCCUCUAUUGUUAACAUGUAUUAUGCUAAGCAGCUUAAAAUCUACUCAGCUAAAUGAAAAUUCAACCCAAGAAAUCAAAGUGGUUCCUCAAGUAGCGUCAACUGUCAGUCCCACCGAGGCCAAAUUUCUUUGCCGUUUAGUUGGAGAUAUAGCUUUGUUUACUCCUGAAAGAUCAGAUAUUAUAGAGUUUAUGAAUAACCUCGCCAGCACUUGUGAGAUUAAAGUUCGGUCAUAUCCUGAUGAAAAUACGAUAAUAGAGCUUUUAAAAAGGGGAGAGUUGUUCAAUACGUUAAUUGGUGUUUCAUUUCAUUCUUUCGAUGCUGAUUUACGGAGAGCCAAUUACUCAAUCAUCUCACCUAGUCUUGGUUACGAUGAACCUUGGAGUGACUCAUACCAACCAAUUUCCGACUUCUUUUCAUUACAAGCAGCGAUCAACCUUUUGAUGGCUUCAGUUACUCCAAUUGAAUUCAACUACACCAAAGAAUUAUUACCCGAGAAUAUUUCUACAAUUGAACCUCCACAAUCACAAUCUGAGUUGGCCAAAUUAUCAAACAUCGACUUUUUUGUAACUUUUACGUUCAUAGAAUUCAUGUUCUUAUUCACGGUCGCAAUCAUGAUCCGUCAUAUUGUCAAAGAAAAGUCAACAAAUUCGAAAGAGUUUCUUCUCAUCAUGGGAAUGAGUAAUAACGUAUAUUGGAUAUCACAUUUCAUCAAUUAUUUUACAAUUUCUAUUUUUCAUGGUAUCACAAUCACGUCAGCAUUUUACUUUUCCGAUGUGCAUCCUUUCGGUAAUUGGACACCAAGCCUAUUCUUUAUAUUUUACUUGAUGACCAGUAUUUCUGUGAUUUUGUCAACCUUUGUCCUUUCGACCGUAAUCAAUAGACCAGUUAUCGCUGUUUUAGUCGCAAUUGUACUAAGAUCUUUGUUGGGUUAUAUCGCUGUCAGUAUGAAUUCAUCAGUUUCGUCUUUUCUUCUAGUAUCGGUCAGAACAUGGUCUUGUUUACUUCCUGACGGUGGAUUAUAUUAUUCAUUGCAAGACUUAGCUAUUCUAGGAAAUUCUAACAGGUCGGCCUGGAACCACUUGUUAACUCAAAUCAAAGGCUCUAUUCCAUUGGGUUAUGUUUUCCUCCUCAUGUUAAUCUCCUGGUUCAUUUAUGGAUUUUUGACUUGGUAUCUUGAUGCAGUUUUUCCCUGGCAACCAGGAAUUCAUAAGCCCUGGUAUUUCAUUUUCAAUAAAUUCUUGAAUAAUAACACAGAUGAAACUAAAAUAAUCGAUAUUGAAGCUCGAAAUCAAUCUGGUCUUCAUGAAUCCAUGUCAUUUCGAUCUGAAGCAAAUAUUAGAUGUAUAAAUCUCCACCGUUCGUUUGGUUCUUUGGGUUUUAGAUCAAUGGUUGUUAACGGAAUCAACUUAGAGAUAAUGAAAGGUCAAAUAACAGUAUUACUGGGUCAUAAUGGUGCCGGUAAAACCACUACAAUGAAUAUGAUUACCGGUAUUUUACCUCCUACGUCUGGGACUGUUUUAAUAAAUGGAAUCGAUAUUCGUAAACAUGUGAUUGCUGCUCGACGAGCUCUUGCUUUAUGUCCACAAACAUCAUUAUUUUUCGAGGAAUUGACUGUCACUGAGAAUUUAAAUCUUUGUGCUGGACUCAGAGGAUUAGAAGAACCUGUUAAACGCCAAUUGAUUCCCCUCAACAUUUCUCGAGUUAAUUUACAAGAAAAAACAAACACUUUAGCAUGUAAGCUCUCAGGUGGAAUGAAACGCCGACUACAAUUAGCACUCGCUCUUACAACUUCUUCAGAAAUUCUUAUUCUCGAUGAACCGACUUCGGGUCUUGAUCCAGAAUCACGAAGACAAAUUUGGAAUCUCUUGUUGGAAAUGAGAAAGAAUCUCACCAUUUUAUUAACUACUCAUUUCAUGGAAGAAGCCGAUGCUCUCGGUGAUCGUAUUAUUAUCAUGGACUCAGGUCAAAUCAAAUGUUCAGGGAGUCCAAUGUUCCUUAAAAAUAAACUGGGUGCUGGUUAUUUAUUGAGAAUCGCUAAGAACUCAGACACUUUCGAUUUCGAGAACACAAAUACUCUAAUCAAAUCCUUCUUUCCAAACUGUGCAAUAAUUAAUGAUACAAAUGAAGAAAUUGUCAUUCGAUUAGCUAAUGAAGACUCUCGACAAAUUCCUGCAAGUAAUUUACCGGAUCUUUGUGAUCAGCUGGAUGAGGACAAAGAAUCUCUCGGAAUAAUAACCUAUGGUAUUGAUGUUUCGACCCUGGAAGAUGUUUUUCUACGAGUUUCUAUGGCAAACAACGAUCUAAAUCCAAUCAACAUUAGUACUGACGAUUCAAUGUUCAACGUCGAUCAAAUUUUUGCGUACAAUGCUCUCAGUGGAUGGGCCUUGACACUUCAGCGUUUCAAAGGACUAGUUUACAAACGUUAUCAUCACGUCAAAAGACACAAAAAGACUCUAAUUUUCACUUUCCUUCUUCCAAUCUUGGGCUUUUGCUUCACUUUCUUUUCUGUUCUAGGUGCUGUUAAGGUGUUUGAUCUUGUCCAUCAAGAGAAAUCUGAACUCAUAGAGAUCAAUGCUCGAUCAAUUUACGGAAAUGUACAAAGUGUCAUAUUAACAGAUUCAACGGAAAACCUAUCCCCUUUGCUCAGAAAUUACGUUGAAAUAAAUCGUGAAAUGGGAAUAGAAACAAAAAUAAUCAACUCAUCAUGGUCAAGUUUUUCGGAUUAUCUGACUAAAAAUAAUGAAGAUCGAGCGACAUUUCUCCGUAAAUAUGUGUUUGGGCUCAUUGAAAUCAGAGGGAAUAUCAAACUUUGGCAUAAUCCAAAAGCCGUUCUUGGUUUGCAAUUAUCAAUCGAUGCUUAUAGUAAUGCUCUCGUUCGUUUGAGAACAGGUCAAAUUUACUCAAGAAUGACCACAAUUUAUAAAUCAGUCCCUCCGAAAAACUUUGCUGACAAAAUUUUGAAAAGCACAAUCGUUGUAGCCUUGGUAUCGAUCUUCGCUCCCUUUGGUAUUUGUUUCAUCGCUUCAUCUUACUUUUUGUUCCCAUCUGAUGAAUAUAAUUCAAAGGCUGCAUUAAUACAAAGAAUGAGUGGAAUCGAAACCCUAUUAUUCUGGACAAGUCAUUAUUUUUUCGAUAUAAUUUAUCAUUCAAUUGUUUCCAUACUAAUUUUCUCGGUGAUUUGUUAUGUUGAUCCAUUUUUCUUCUGGAACCACAAAUUCUUUGUUGCUACACUUUCACUUCUCCUUCUGUUUGGAUUUUCGUCAAUUCCUUUGACCUAUUUACUUACCUAUUUACCAAUAACUUCUGAUGGAGGAUUUGUAUUUAUCGUUGUGAUUUCUCUCAUCGCCUCUUUAGUCGGAACUGUUACUUUCUUCUUAUUCAACUUUUUCUUUGGAGUUGCCUAUUCGGAGGUUAUGCUUGGAUUCCUUUUUCCUCCAUUUACGAUGACCACAGCACUGGCUAUUCUUUAUUCGAAAGUAGUUCUAUUUCGCCAUUGUACGGAAAACAACGAAAAAUGUGAUACAUUUCCUCUAUUCGGUAUUACCAGUUGUUGUAGCGAUAAAGAAAUCGAAAUCUACUCAAACCCUUUUGAUGUCGAAACCGGAGUAUAUUACCACACAAUUAUGCUCUCAAUUGCUCCGUUUAUCUACUUCUUUUUACUCAUCAUUUUGGAUAUGAAUCUGAAUCAAUUGGGUUAUUGGUACGAAACUUUAUUGAAUUUUAUUCUUGGAAAAACAACUCAUCCAGUUACAAGAGAAGAUGAUGAUGUUGCAAUUGAAAGAGAUCGUGUUCACGAUUUACUCAAGAAACCAAGUUAUCCCGAUUCUUUGAUUGUUUAUAAUUUGACAAAAGAUUUUCGAUCUUUUCGAGCUGUUGAUAAUUUGAACUUUACAGUUCGACAGAAAGAAUGUUUCGGUUUACUGGGAGUAAAUGGAGCAGGAAAAACAACCACUUUUCGAAUGUUGACUGGAGAUCUUUUAGUUACUUCCGGUGAUGCUUUUAUUCGAAAAAUUAGUCUUCGUAAUGAUAUAAACAAGUUCCAGAAAUCGAUCAGUUAUUGUCCACAAUUCGAUGCACUUUUAAAUAAUCUUAAUCCUCGGGAAACUUUGGCUCUUUUUGCAAGACUAAGAGGUAUGCCUGAGUAUAAGAUACGAGAAAAUGUCGAUUACAUGAUAAAAUCACUCGAUCUUAGUAAAUUCGAAUGUACAUUAAAUUGUCAUCUAAGUGGAGGAAACAAAAGGAAACUUUCAUUAGCAAUCGCAUCAAUUGGUAAACCUGAUUUAAUGUUUCUCGAUGAACCAACGACCGGUGUCGAUCCUGUUGCUCGUCGUAAGAUUUGGUCUUCGUUAGUUUAUCUUCGAGACUUUAGUGGUUCAUCAAUUAUACUAACCAGUCAUUCGAUGGACGAAUGUGAAGCUCUUUGCUCUCGAAUCGGUAUAAUGGCCCGAGGGAAAUUACGAUGCCUUGGAUCAGCUCAAUAUUUGAAAGAGAAGUUUGGUCAAGGAUUUUCUCUGUUAAUUAAAAUGAAUCAUGAAGCAAUUAAAGAUCCAGGGAAAGUGGAACAGAUCAACUCUUAUAUUUCCGAUAAUUUCCCAAGUUGUGACCUUCGAGAUAAUCAUCAGACUAUUUUACAUUAUCACAUAACCGAUACUUCAUCUCGUUGGGGAGACAUGUUGAGGAAAAUGGGCAGCAAGUCACAAUUACCAAUUGAAGAUUAUACAUUAACCGGAACAACAUUGGAACAAGUUUUUCUCUCAUUUGCUAAGAACACAUGAUCAUCAUCUCUCAAUCAGUCAUCAAUUAUUGAUCAUCGUCAAUCUAAUAAUAGAAAUAUUAACACUCGAAUCAAUUUAAAUUAACUUUUCUAUUAGGAUUAUAAUUACAAAUCUCUAAUUAUUAUUAUAUUUAUUAAUCUCUCUGGCCUAGUCAUAUGCUGACAUUUUAAUUUUAUAACUUUGAAUUCCCAAACAAGAUCAAGCCUUUAAUCAAUUCAAUCAACAUGCAUUAAUCAAAUUCUCGUCCAAAUUUUGAAAUCUCAUGAAUUGUCCAAUUCAAAGUCUCAUGCGAACUCAAUUAUUAAAAUAAAAACACUCAUUUAUUAAUAUUA